AUGAAUCGGAUUAGCCUGGGAUUCACGGCUUGUGUCGACGGAGGAGUUCUGUAUCAGCGAUGCCAGAGCAAUUUUGACAGCUUAGUCUACCGCCGAUCUGAUGGUGGAGAGAAGACACGGAUUAAUCACUCUGGGCUCAUUCAGUUUGCGAAAAUGCGGCCGAGUCAAGCAUUUAAAUUGUCGACACCUCGAAACCACAGAGAACAUGUCGCCAACGUGAUCUUUGAGUCUCAGCACUUCGCCAUGUACUUUCUUAGUUUACCUCCUUUCUUCACCAUAUUUGCCUCUUUCAUCACAUCACAUGGACUGCUUUUCCCUCCCAUUUGCACACUCUGUCCGAGCCGAUUACUUAUGCUGUGCUCGUCUGCUUUCCUGGCCGUUGCACUUUUUGGCCUGCGGCUAAUGCUUGCAUUCUGA